GCUUAUAGUCAUGUCAUCCAAACAGCAGGCGGCAGCAGAGGCGGGAAUUCAAACGGAAGUGGUUCCUGUCAGCGAGCUAGACGAUUUCCACCGUUGGUUUAAUGUAGUUCACCUUCUUUUACACAGUCUACGAGUAAACCAUGAAUCCGCUAACGAAGGUGAAGUUGAUCAACGAGCUGAACGAGCGUGAGGCCAACCUCGGGGUGAAGGAGUCUGUUUCCUGGCACUCUGAGUACAAAGACAGCGCCUGGAUAUUUGUCGGAGGAUUUCCAUACGAGCUGACUGAAGGUGACAUCAUCUGCGUCUUCUCUCAGUAUGGAGAGAUCGUAAACAUCAACCUGGUGCGCGACAAGAAGACGGGGAAGUCCAAAGGUUUCUGCUUCAUCUGCUACGAGGACCAGAGGAGCACCAUCCUGUCUGUGGACAACUUCAACGGCAUCAAGAUUAAAGGUCGGACCAUUCGCGUGGAUCACGUCAAAGACUACCGGCCUCCCAAAGACACAGAGGACAUCGACGACGUGACCAAACGCCUGAGGGACGAGGGCUGUGCUCCCAAAGUCCACGAGUCGUCCUCCUCCGCUGAGGAAGACGAGCAGUACACCAUCCCCGUGAAGAAGCCCAAAAAAGACAAGAAAGAGAAGAAGAAAAAGAAGAAGGAGAAGAAGAAGAAGGCAGACAAGGAGAAGGGGGACCGGGCGCCGCACUCCUCCUCUUCCUCACCUCCUCUUCCUCCUCCCGCCGUCAGAGUCAAAGAGGAGAAGGAAGAUGCCGCCUACGACAAGUACAACCAGAGGAGGACGGACAGAGAGGGCGAUAGAAGAAGAGAGACGGACAGAGAGGGCGAUAGAAGAAGAGAGACGGACAGAGAGGGCGAUAGAAGAAGAGAGACGGACAGAGAGGGCGAUAGAAGGAGAGAGACGGACAGAGAGGGCGAUAGAAGGAGAGAGACGGACAGAGAGGGCGAUAGAAGGAGAGAGACGGACAGAGAGGGCGAUAGAAGAAGAGAGACGGACAGAGAGGGCGAUAGAAGAAGAGAGACGGACAGAGAGGGCGAUAGAAGAAGAGAGACGGACAGACGAUAG